UAUUAUUUUGCUAUACAUAUGAUUUUGUUUUUGUAUUCAAAAUGGCUGCUCAAGGAGCUCAAGAUAGCAACGCGUCAUUGAGACUCACCAACCUGUUCGAUGUCAAAGGCAGAGUCGCAAUUGUGUCUGGUGCCGGCACCGGGAUCGCCUUGAUGCAAGCGCAAGCUCUUGCAGUGAACGGUGCCAGAGUAUAUAUCGUCGGACGCACCGAAGACAAGCUCGAUAGAGUUGCUGAGCUCUAUGGCAAGAAUAUAGAUGGAAAGAUCAUUCCACUAACUGCCGAUAUAACGUGCAAGAAAUCCAUCGCGAAUCUUGUCAAGACCUUCUCGUCUCACGAAGACCACCUGGACAUAUUGAUGAACACGGCUGGCAUUGCAGGGCAGUCUCAAACGGCGAAUCUUAAGAAGCCCGAGGAACUGCGCAAGAGCUUAUUUGAAAAUGAAACGGCAACCUUUGCAGACUGGGAUGCGAUUUAUCGGACCAAUGUCAGCCAUCUCUACUUCAUGACUACUGCAUUUCUGCCGUUGCUUCAGAAAGGCAGCGACAAGAGAUACGCAUGGAGUAGUACAGUGAUCAACACAAGCUCGAUCUCGGGCAUUGUAAAGGUGACACAGGAUCAUUUCGCCUAUAAUACGUCCAAGGCCGGAGCUGUCCACCUCACGAAAAUGCUGGCUUACGAAAUAUCGAAUUCUGGGUUGAAAAUCCGCGUCAAUCAAAUCGCCCCUGGUGUCUUUCCUAGCGAGAUGACUGCUAUGAGUAGUGACGAUAAGAAUAAGAGUCAUCUGCCGAAGGAGAUGAUGGUGGGUGUGGUUCCCGCUGGGAGGCCUGGGCAUGAACGUGAUAUGGCUAGUGCAACUAUCUUUACUGCUACCAACCAGUACCUGAAUGGUGCCACUAUUGUGGUGGAUGGCGGCUAUAUUUUAGCAACUGGUUCAAUAUCCGUCUGAGGCUUAGCAAAGGGUCUCAAGCUAGAACAUCGAGUUAUAUAUACGUAAAAGAUUGACAUUAUGUCUUUUAAGAGUUCCUUGUGUUAAUUCAUGUCUUAAUUCGCAGAUUUGUGGGCGAUCUCUCGUAUUGAGAAUAAUGUAGCUCAUCCAUCGGGGGUCCAUGUAUGCU